AUGAUGGCGCAAGAAUUGGUCCAGCCGCUCUGCGUUCCAAAAGGGUCCCCCGCCAGCCCGGACUCCUGGGUCCUUCUGGGCUGUCUGGGCGGGGCGAGGGCGCUCUCCGAGGCGCGUGCCCGCCCGAGGUUUCUCCUGCCGUCUCCUCCGGCGGCAGGUGGCGGCGCUGCGCCAGGCAGGCAGGCAGGCAGGCGGCGCGCUCUCGCUGCCUUCGCGUCUCUCGUCGCUUCCCGGACGCCACCCAGGAAGCGGUCUCGAUCGGGGCAGGGCGAGCGCGCCUGGACGCGCGGGGCUUCCGGGGAGCCGGAGAUCCAGCGGCCUGGGGAGGCGGAGAGGUUCCGGGCCUCUCCGUGCGCCUCCAGAAUCUCGGAAAGGAAGGUGGUCUCCGGGGUCGCCGGCCGGUAAGAGGCGCGCAGCAGAGCGCACGGUGCGCUCGGGCGCCUUGGAGAGGCCUGGGAGGUGGAUGGAGGCGCGGGGGUUCCCUUUUGGGUGCGCGAGCGAGCGGGCUCUGAGCAUGUGCAGAGUGCCUCCCGCGGGCGAGGCCCUUGGGUGGAUGGAGCGGUGAGGCGGAGAUGAGGAAUGCGGGGUGUGAGCAGGAAGGUGCGGCGGGUUUCGGGGUGCGCCUCUGGGGAGCCCUGCGCCAAGCUCCGCUGCUGCAUUUGAAACGCCGAUCCCAGCUGCGGAAAGGCGGAGAGGGUCCGGCGCUCUGCACACGCCCAGAGGCCCACAGGUGAGCUGAUUCCCCCAGCCUCACUCGGGUACCCUAAAGAAAGGAGUUAGAGCCUCUGCGGCGUGGAGGUUAAAGUUUCGGGUUAGGACGUCGGAGCAACCAGGGUUCAAAUCUCCCACUUGGCCCUGAAGCUCCCUGGAAGAUUUUGAGUGCCAGUCGCCGCCUCGCAACCUCACAGGGUCUUUGCGGGGAUAAAAUGAGUGGGAGAACCGUGUUGGCUGCCUUGCGGUCCUUGGAAGAAGAGGCGUCAAAUAAUUGUCUUUCUCCUCUUCUGAUGAUAUCUAAGGCAGCACCUGAGUUCGUUUAGCCUACCUGUGUUCUUUGCCUUUCCUAGCAGACCUAGAAAGCAACCUCUUGUGAAGGCAAAAGGGGGCGAAAAUCUAAGAAAUGUGGCAGGAAGGUGGUCUAUAAAUGGAGUAUCGAGGAGGUGGGGCCACUUCCACCUGUUGCUGUUUCUUUGUUCCCAAACUGCGGUCUUCUUUCUGUCCUGCUCAGGUGCUCCGUGCGAGGAAGGAGAGAGACGCCUUUACCUGCUUCCAACACCUGGUUAAUGGAUGAGCCGAACAGGACAAGGAACUUCAUUUGCAACCGUAAGCUCACCCCAAGUUGGGAUGGUAUGAUGGGGAGUAGGGGGCUGCGAUGGGCAGCAGAGGGAUUUCGUCUCUGUUGCAUUUAUACCCUACCUUUCCUACGAGGUAUCGUAUGUGGUUCUCCCCUUCCUUCCUUUAAUCCCACGACGACGACCCUGUGAGGUAGGUGAGGUUGAGAAGCAGCGGCUGGCCCCCAAAGUCACACCCAGUGAGUUUCAUGGCUCUCCCAGGCCCUAGACCGAUACUCUAAAGGUAAAGGUAAAGGUAAAGGGACCCCUGACUGUUAGGUCCAGUCAUGGCCGAUUCUGGGAUUGCGGCGCUCAUCUCGCUUUAUCGGCCGAAGGAGCUUCCAGGUCAUGUGGCCAGCAUGACUAAGCCACUUCUGGUGAACCAGAGCAGCGCACGGAAAUGCUGUUUACCUUCCCGCCGGAGCGGUACCUAUUUAUCUACUUGCACUUUGACGUGCUUUCAAACUGCUAGGUUGGCAGGAGCAGGGACCGAGCAACGGGAGCUCACCCUGUCGCAGGGAUUCGAACCGCCGACCUUCUGAUCGGCAAGUCCUAGGCUCUGUGGUUUAACCCACAGCGCCAUCUGCAUCCCUAGUCCGAUACUCUAGUUCCAUCAAAAUAAAUAAAUUGUCCAGUAGCACCUUAGAGACCAACUAUGUUUGUUCUGGGUAUAAGGUUUCAUGUGCACACACACUUCUUCAAAUACUCUAGCCCAGGCAUUCGCAAACUCCGGCCCUCCAGAUGUUGCGAGACUACAAUUCCCAUCAUCCCUGUCCUGUUAGCUAGAGAUGAUGGGAAUUGUAGUUCCAAAACAUCUGGAGGGCCGGAGUUUGCCUAUGCCUGCUCUAGCCCCGUGUUUCUCAAACGUGGUUCCCCAGCUGGUCUUGGACUACAGCUCCCAUCAUCCCUAGCUGGCAGGACCAGCGGUCAGGGAUGAUGGGCAUUGUAGUCCAACAGCAUUUGAAAACCCACACCCACUAUACAAUGCUGACUCUUUGGUGCAGGGAGCGGGCAGUGUUGAAAUAAGCUUGAGCCGGAGAAGUUGGCGGAGGGGGAACGAAAUGUGGGGCAGAAGAGAGAGAGACAGGUGAGCUUGUAGUUUGCAUGUGUGAAGGGAAGCUGGACUCCAGCUGUGGGCUAAGUUGGUUGGCAUGCUAGCUUUGGGUCCCGAUGGGACCUGGACUCCCAACGUUGUAACAAGAGCCCUGCAGGAUCCAGCCCGUGGCUCAUUUAGUCCAGCAUCCUGUUUUCACAGUAGCAGUGCUGAAUUAAACCCUGUGGACCAGAGAUUUACAGAAGAUUGGAAGAAGUAUAUGAACUAUUUGAAGAGCAAUUGCAACCAACAAAUUACGCUAGUAGGACUACAAGAAGCUUUGUAAGGAGGAAUAUACAAAGCGUUACCAAGAAGAAAAAGGAUAGAGAUAUUGGUUAUGAGUUUUAAAUGUAAUAGGGAAAGUACCGUAUUUUUCGCCCUAUACGAUGCACUUUCCCCCCUCCAAAAAUGAAGGGGAAAUGUGUGUGCGUCCUAUGGGGCGAAUGCAGGCUUUCGCUGAAGCCUGGAGAGUGAGAGGGGUCGGUGCGCACGGAACCCUCUCGCUCUCCAGGAUUCAGGAAGCUAUCCGCAAGCCUUGGGAGCUCCGCGGGAGUUCCCGUCGGGCUCCCAAGGCUUGGGGAUAGCAGCCUACAUUCCGAAACCUGGGGCGCGCUGCGCAGAUAUCGGGCAGCCCCACAAGCUCAGGGGACAGCGGGGAGGUGGAGCACCGCCAUCCCGCUAUUCCCCGACCUGGUUUGCGGAGUUGCCUGCAUCCCAAAGAGAGAUGCCUGCAUCCCGUCGGGCUCCCUAGGCUUGCGGAUAGCAGCCUGUUCUGGGGGCUGGGGUCGGGGGAAGCUCGGGGGGGGGGGGGGGAUAAUUUUUUCCCCUUUAUUCCCCCCCCCCAAAAAACUAGGUGCGCCCUACGGGCCGGUGCGCCCUAUGGGGUGAAAAAUACGGUAAGAAAUGCAUACUAAGAGAUUAGAUUGCCUUAGUUUGGCCUUAGUUUGCCUACCCGUGUCUUAAAUCAUUCAUAACGCAGCAGUUUUAAUGUACUCCAAGACCUUAUGGUGGAGGUCAGUCAAUCAAAUCUAUCAAUCAGUAGGGGUCCUAGCUGAUUUAGUGUGGCACCGAUGACCUUACGACCUCUCCAGCGUCCGAAAUUCCCCAGGCGCGUAUCACUACUGGCACAGGUUCAGUAGUUACAACUACGUGGAGGUUUCUCUGCAAUUACAAAACCUCUGCCUUAGUCUGUAGUUAAUGCCAUUUCCAGUUCCACUGUGUGCUUCUCCUUCUUGCUUCUCCUUCUUAUCGGGAGAGUGAGCGACAGUCGAGCAAUGCAGUUGAGAGCACAACAUCACAGAAUCGUAGUGUCGGAAGGUAUCCUGGGGGUCAUCUAGUCCAACCCCCUGGCGAAUAGACAUUUGUGGUGUUGUGGCAACCGUAACCUAGGUUUAAGGUUACAGGGAACCAGGCAGAGGGCCUUCUCAGUAGUGGCACCUGCGCUGUGGAACGCCCUCCCACCAGAUGUCAAAGAGAACAACUACCUGACAUUUAGAAGACAUCUGAAGGCAGCCCUGUUCAGGGAAGCUUUUAAUGUUUGACGCAUUACGGUAUUUUAAUAUUUUGUUGGAAGCCGCCCAGAGUGGCUGGGGAAGCCCAGCCAGAUGGGCGGGGUAUAAAUAAUAAAUUAUUAUUAUUAUUAUUAUUAUUAGUUGCCUAGCUUAUAUUACCCGAGUUUCUAACACGGGCUCUCUCUUCCCUUGCCCAGGUCCCGCUUCCCACGCCGACGCCACCACCAUGUGCUUCCCUCGGCGCAUCCGUGUCCACAUCUCUGUGCGCCUGCAAGAUGCUCCUUCCCUCUAGCUCCUCCCCCCGUGGGGCCAUGUCGCAGGAGGGGGGCGCCCGGCCAAAAGCCAAGCAAGAUGCGGCUCCCGGCGCCCGUCCUGCUGGCCGCUGGAGAGCCCGAGCGAGCCGAUCCCUGGAGAGGCAGAGCCUUUCGCCGCCAGAAGCGGAAACAGAUGGAGGAGGCUCCUCGGGGUCGCCGGAGCCCGCCAGCAAAGCGGUGGGCCGCUCCUUGCGCCAGAAGCUGCAGGCGGCAGUGGGGCAGUGCUUCCCUCUCAAGAGCGCCUCCCGCUCGCCGGACCUCUCGGCGCAGCGCAAGAUCCACCUGCGGGAGCUGAUGCUCGACACCUGCCCCUUCCCUCCCGGCUCGGAGCUUGCGCGCACCUGGAACCUCAUCAAGCAGCACACGGCACCCGUCUCCGAGCAAGAGGCCCUGGCGGCACCGGCGCCGCGCUCCGACGACGAGGACGACCGCCUGCGGGAGCGGCGGCGCAUCAGCAUCGAGCAAGGGGUCGAGCCGCCGCCGGACGCCCUGAUCCACACCUUUGAGGUGACAGCGCAGGUCAACAACCCCCUCUACAAACUGGGGCCCAAGCUGGCGCAUGGCAUGAGCGAGCUGGCUGGUGCCGGGUGGGCGGCGCUGGCGGCGGCGGACGAGGAGGACGAGGAGGAGGAGGAAGAGGAGGUGGCCGCGGGCUCCUCUUCCUGCGCCGUGGGGCUGCCGCCCGACGUGCGCAUCCACACCCAGAUCGACUACAUUCACUGCCUCGUUCCUGACUUGCUGCAGCUGACGCAGCUGCCCUGCUACUGGGGCGUGAUGGACCGCUACGAAGCGGAGGCUCUGCUGGACGGUAAACCCGAAGGCACGUUCCUUCUGCGCGACUCGGCGCAGGAGGACUACCUGUUCUCGGUGAGCUUCCGCCGCUACGGCCGCUCCCUGCAUGCCCGCAUUGAGCAGUGGAACCACAACUUCAGCUUUGACGUGCACGACCCCAGCGUCUUCCACGCACCCACCGUGACCGGGCUCCUGGAGCACUACAAGGACCCCAGCGUCUGCAUGUUCUUCGAGCCGCUGCUCUCCGUCCCGGUCAACCGGACCUUCCCCUUUGGGCUGCAACACCUCUGCCGCGCCGUCGUCACCUGCUGCACCACCUACGACGGCAUCGGCCGCCUGCCCAUCCCCAGCACCCUCAAGGCGUAUCUCAAGGAGUACCACUACAAACAGAGGGUGCGCGUCCGGAGGCUGGACGCCUGGUGGAGCUGA